AUGUCGCUCCAGCCCGCCCAUGACGUGCCGCUGCUGGUCUCGUCGCCGAACACGGCCUCCGAGCGCCGCGUCACGCCCUCCUGGACGCUUGCCCACCUGAAGACCCGCCUCGAGCCCGUCACCGGCAUCCCGGCCUCCUGUCAGAAGCUCUCGCUGCGGAUCGGCUCGCAGGCGCCCGUGCCUCUCGACGCGCCGAACGAGGACGCAACCCUGCUGUCAGACUUCCCUCUGCAGCCAUACGCCGAGAUCUACGUUGAUGAUACGCGCCCUGCCGGCGCCCGUACCGACUUUACCGAUGUUUCCGCCGUCGAGAAGUAUGUGAUGCCGCCCGACGAGUAUGAGACGCGCUCCGACAGUGUGUUGGCCUGGAAGAAGAAGCAGAAACUCGGCCGCUUCGACCCUAACGCCGGCACCAUCGAGGAGCAAAAGGUCAAGGCCCUAGAGCGCGAGGUCGAAGAGAGAAGCAUCACCCUCAACUCGCGCUGUCAGCUCCUCCCCGCCGCCACUGACGGCCGCCGCGGCACUGUCGCCUUCAUCGGCCUCAUUCCCGAACUGCCCCCGCCAGCGGGCCCCUGGGUCGGCAUCGUGCUGGACGAGCCAACGGGCAAGAACGACGGCUCCGCCAAGGGGAAGAAGUACUUUGACUGCAAGCCCAACUGCGGUGUCUUCGUCCGCCCGGAAAAGGUCGAGGUGGGUGAUUUCCCCGAGGUGGAUGAGUUUGCGGAGGAGAUGGAGGAGAUUUAG